GCUCCGGUCUGCACGCUGCUGUGGGUCAGAGUGGAGACAUGAACCACGUUUCCAACAUCUCAGGAGCCGGCGUGAGUCGACGAUCCAAACUCAACCAGAUGGUGACAGUGGAUGUGUUAAUAAUUGGGGGCGGCCCUCAUGCCUUGACCUUGGCGAGCUUGCUACUGAGUCCUGAGCCGGAAUCAGACCCUGGACAAGACUCACCGCUCUCCCCCUCCUGCUCGGACCCUCCGAGGCCUCGGCCACACCCGCCAACAUCCAACAACAGAUCCUUCAGUGGCAAGAAGAAGAGGAAGGCAACAGCUGUCUCUGCAGGGUUGACAGUGGAGGAACCAGAGAGGGUUGUUUGCCCCCCGCUGAGUCUCCGAGCGGUGGACUCGUACGGGGAGUGGACGGCUCUGUGGGAGAGGCAGUUCACAGCUCUGAGCAUCCCUCACCUGCGCUCACACACACUGGUGCACACUGACCCUCUCAACAAGAAAGCCCUGCAGGAGUUUGUUCUAAAGUGUGAUCGUUCAUCAGAGCUGCACAGUCUCCCAGACCAGGUUUACAUCCUGGAUGAAAAUGCUUUUUUCAAUGACACACGACUCGGCAAGAAGGAGAAGAGACGACUGAACAUCACCUCCACACUGAAGAAGAGUUUAUCCUUCAGUCUGCCCGGAACCAAACUGAGUGUGGACUUCUUUAGAGAUCAGGUGGAGAGAUACAACUUGGGCAAAGUGCUGGUAAAAGGAACAGUGGAGCGCAUCAUCCCUGUCAUCGAGCCCAAGGAAGAAGAGGAGGACUGUGCGAAGGAGAGGGGGACAGAGGGUGAGGCCACGACUGAAAGGAAGAGAGUGAAGUACUUUCAAGUCCAUCUUCAGGAGGGCGUCGUCCUAAAGGCUCACCAGGUCAUUAUGGCAACAGGACCAACACGGGCCCACAUGGUAAACAUCCCCUCAUGGGUGAAGAACAUUGGAGAGAGUUACCCAGAGGAGCGGUUGCUGCACACAGUGCAUCUCAUGCACCAUCCGCCAAAAUCUAAGCAUGAAGAAGUAAUGACAGACACUUCUCCAUCUCAAGAGCUGUGUGUAGUGUGUCAGAGAGGGCAGAGAGUAAUGGUAGUUGGUGGAGGUCUGACCAGCGCCCAUGUCGUCUCACUUGCCCUGCAGCAAGGGGCCAGCCAUGUGACAUGGGUCAUGAGGAAGCACCUGCAGUUAAAGCAAUUUGACGUGGGCGACGUGGAGAGCCUGGUGGGUCGUUACUCUCACGUGGAGCACGGCAUCAAGAUGGACGGCCAAGCCUACCUACGACAGUUCUAUAACGAACGGAGCCUUCACAAACGCCUGGCUAUGAUUCGCCAGGCACGGAAGGGAGGGGCCGUCACCCCAGAGGCCUACAUCCACCUACAGCCCUUCAUACUGAGUGGACAGGUGGAGGUCAAGACAUACUGUCAGGUGAGUGAGGCCAGCUGGUGCUACAGGAGCCAGGCCUGGAGUCUGACCCUCAGCACAGGGGACCACUGGACCGGAGAUAUGAUCUGGCUCGCCACCGGCUGCAAACUUGACGUGAGACAAGACCCGUUGCUUUCCGAGGUGAUGAAGGAAUUCCCAAUUCAGGUGAUGGACGGGUGGCCGUGCAUAUCAGACAGCCUGCGGUGGGCAGACGGCUGCCCGCUCUAUCUGAUGGGACAGUACACUGCUCUUCAGGUUGGACCUCACGCACUAAACCUGGCUGGUGGACAGGCUGCCAGCAUGAGAAUCGCAAAGGACAUCAUGCGCCAUCGACACCUGGAUGGUGGGGAUGCAUCUGAGGAGAAAUCGAAAACCGAGGAGUACGUUCAACAAAUGCACGGCCUGUUAUGGCUCUGACUUCACUCUUCAGCCUCGAGGAGCCGAAGUCUUUAUACUUUACUUGUCAAAUGUGACUGUAUCAAACGAUUAAAUGCUGUGAAACUCAUUUUUCUUUUUUAA